GUUCCGGGAGGUUCGUUAACUACUUAGUUGGAUUGGGAAAUACUUUGAUUGGGAAAUGUUUUUUAACGAUGUUUGUUUUCUAGGAACUCGCCCAGAUCACGGAUCAACAUGUCCUGGCUGACCUGCGGGCAGCUGACAUGCGAGCUGGAUACUGGGUGAAUGAGGACCCCUCGCUCAAUUCGAUCAUUCGCUGGAUACGAUCAAGUUCAUGAGAUGAUGAUUUCAUGAUGAUUUUGUUUCGUUCUUCUGUAUUUUUCCACAUUGCAUUUCCGGGCAAAUGAUUAACGUCUACAAUGAGAUUCGGAUUUAGCGCGUGGUGGAAAUAUCCCGGCAUUGCGCGGGACGCUUUGUUGCCCGGUUUCUUCGUUUCUUUUCUUUCUUUUUCUCUGCGUUUCUUCUUUUUUCUUGUUUCCUUUUUCUUUGGUGAAAGCUUUCGGGGUCCGGUAUAUCCUGUUGAACGGUGUUACCUUUUUUUUUCUGUCUGUCUAGGGCUAUAUUGGAUAUUAGUUUCGGUGCUGGGCACGAAUAAAAAUGCAACGGAUCUUGAUUAUACGAUUUCCGCAUCUUCGUUGGCCUGGCUGCUGGCAUCCAUAAUAUAUUAAUUAUA